GAUCAUCACUAAAAACAACACAUACAGCCAGAUUUUCUUACCACCAUCGACCUUUUAAAAAGUCAGCGUGGCAGGUAGUGAGUGGAAGAGGAGAAUGUUUCUGUCUCUUCCUACAUUGACUGUCCUCAUUCCCUUGAUCUCCUUAGCAGGACUGUUCUACUCGGCCUCCGUGGAAGAAGACUUCCCGCAGGGCUGCACCAGCACCGCCAGCCUGUGCUUUUACAGCCUGCUCUUGCCCAUCACCAUACCAGUGUAUGUGUUCUUCCACCUGUGGACUUGGAUGGGUAUUAAGCUCUUCAGGCAUAAUUAAUGCACCCAGAGCCAAGAUGGGAUAUACAUUAAUAAGUCUUGAGUGUCUAGCUCAACUGCAUGAAAAUACUGGAAACCCACUUAAUUUUCAGGGAAGAUGCUGUGCCUUGCUCUGUCAGAGGCUGAGGGCUGUGGGAGGCGUACACUGCAGAAGCUUCUUUCGUUAUACUUUGGUUCUGCCCUUGUUUUUUGAAGGUUCUAAUUUAUAACUACUGUGUCAGAAGAAACAUUUCAACACGGUGUCUUAUUGGAAAUUAACAAUCCCAACCAUCACCUAAUGGCUUUUAUUUCUUAUCCCUUUCAUCUAAAAAUUAAUAAUUUGAAAUUUUAUGUUUGUUUAAGAUUCAAAGUCUUUGAUAAAGUCAUAUGUUCUACAGAUAACUGAAAUAACUCCAAAGGAGCUAUGUUGAAGUAGUUAUAGAGAAAUGCAUUUGAACUAGAGUGAUAUAAAACUAUAAUAAAAUUGAAACUUCAUGGACUUACAAAAA